AUGGGGAAUGUGUUACCGUUUCUAGAGCAAGAUGGACAAAAAAAAAAUGAAACAGCUAUUGAAUUAGCCUUGCUCCCUAUUUGAUACCGUUCUGUUGUUGCUGUUUAAGAAGUGUACAAUAGAAUACAUUAGGUUAGACCGUUUCAAUGUCCAAACAGCCGCUCGGAGAGAACGUUUAUUUUACAGCACGUUGUUUUUGUAGGUGCAAAACAUAAUCGCCGAAGCCUUUCAAUUCAAAUACUGGUUGAUUUUUGAUCCCACUGUAUUCAUAAGCUUUACUUUGCCAUAGAUUAAGACGGUGAGGUGGUGCCCAUCUGUAGCUCUCUUACUCUCUUCAAAUGCUGUCGUUCAAGUGGACAGAUCCAUUUUUGGGCGAAUUAACUCAACGCGGUUUUGUUCGAGGAUUAUACAGGACAAGCCUUUGCAAUGCAACGUUGUUUCAAUAGCCGAUCGGUAGGAAAUUGAAAUCACCCCCGACUACCACCACCUUUAGUCGGGCAGAUGAAUAACACACCGGAAUUUUGCUUUGUGGAUUGGAAUGUAAAAAUGUCCAUCUCCAAGAUAAUUGGGUUUAGAAGACCAGAUUCAUGAACACCCGAGUUCCCUCCAAUAAGAGAUACCAGCCGACGGACUAUGAGCACGCGGCAAACUGUGCGACCCACGCGCUCUGGAUAAUUCCCAGCAUCUUUGGCAGCUCCAUCCUAUACUUCCUGUCUGACGACCAAUGGGAGACGAUCUCUGCGUGGAUCUAUGGUUUGGGAUUAUGUGGUCUCUUCAUUGUCUCGACUGUGUUUCACAUCAUCUCUUGGAAGAAGAGCCACCUCCGAGGGGUGGAGCACUGCUUCCACAUGUGCGAUAGGAUGGUGAUCUACUUCUUUAUAGCUGCAUCUUACGCUCCCUGGCUGAAUUUACGAGAGCUGGGGCCCUGGGCUUCUCACAUGCGCUGGAUCAUCUGGAUAAUGGCUUGUGUAGGAACAGCUUACGUGUUUUUCUUCCACGAAAGGUACAAGAUCGUAGAGUUACUAUGCUACCUGGUCAUGGGUGUCUUUCCUGCCCUUGUCAUACUUUCUAUGGCUGAGAGAGACGGCUUGUUUGAGCUGAUCCUGGGGGGCAUGUUCUAUUGCCUGGGUACGGUGUUCUUCAAGAGCGACGGCCGCAUCCCCUUCGCCCACGCCAUCUGGCACCUCUUCGUGGCAACUGGUGCCGGGAUCCAUUACUACGCCAUCUGGAAGUACCUGUACACACAGGCCAGCGGUGAAGUGAAGACUUUGAGAUAGCAGCAGUGUGACUGCGCCACACACAGGGAUUGUUAUACGCUCAGCGUGUUGCGUGAGGUUCCUUUCCAUUGAGAUCUCAUCACAUGUUUUUAAAGAUUUUUCUACUGGACAACAACUUUCCUAACUGGGUUCCCUGCAAAAAAAUAAAUAAACUGCACACAGGUGUCUGUUUAUUGGACACACGCGUUACCUCUUCAAAACUGAACUGAGCUCUUAAAACAUAAAUCUUCAUUCCAGUCUGGUACACAGAUAGUUUGUAAGAGUUCUUAAGCUUAUUGGUAGUGGACAGCCCCUUGUGGCAUCGCUGCUGUCCUCAAGUCCUGGGAGUACAACCACAAGAAGCCUUUUUAAAUGUUGAACUCCACUCUGGAUGAAUGCUUGGACUGAUUUCAAAGUACAUGAAGGUGCUGUUGGCGAUGGGAACAAACAAAAGUAGACAAAAAAGCAAUACUAUCUGCAAGAGUGGCUGAUAUUCACCAGGACUUAUUCAGAGGAUAUAUGGUGUUUGUUUUCUAAUUUGACCCUGUAUACAAUGUAAUAGCUGUAUGCCCUAUAAGAGAGUAUGUUAUCAUUUGUUUAUGCCCAGUUUAAUAUGGACCAGUAAGUCAGACACCUUCAAGUUUAUUCUGGUAAUUAAAAUCUACCAAAAUUAUAGGGUAAUUUUUUAUACAUGAGAAAUAUAUUUCUGUUUUCAUAGUAUUUCUUGUGAAACAGGUCAAACCAAUCGCAAAGAGUUUUGUUUUCCUAUUUUGACUAGCUUGAUGGGAUUCGAAUGGAUGGUGUUAAUGAGAAACAUAACCUUUUCUCCAUGCUAACUGAAAGAAGUUUCAAUUCUGUGUCCCUGCACCUUUGGAGAAGGGUUAAUGUGUCUGAGAAUAAAGGAACAUAUCUUUGUACUGUAAACAACAAACAUGGUGCUGCUCAAGAGACAUUGACGUGUUCUUGUGUGAAAAGAUUUUUGUAUCAUAAGGCAGGUACAGUAUGGUUAUCUCUUUUCUGUUAGUAUUCAGUUACGUUUGGAGUAACUGCUGACAAUAAUGUAAUUGGCUAUUUCCUGAACGUUUGCAGUUGGUUAUACAAUCUCGAAAAUGACGAGAUCCCCUUAUAAAAGCUUACCACAGUAUUUUUGCAGUUUCACAAAGCAUUUCCCGUGGUUUUUACUAUGCAUUUACCAUAGUAAACCCUGAUUUGCCAAAAUUUAUUAGUAGACUUUACCAUACCUGGCAGGUUUUUACGAUGCUUACCUAUGCUUUACCAUGCUUUCAACAUGCUUUAUUUACACUUUGCAAUGCUUUUACUGUUGUAAUCUUUUACAAGGGGAGACGGGGCAGUAUAAGAGAAGUAAAACCCUAGGAAAACUUGAAUCCAUUCCGACUUGAAUCCAUUAGGAGGUUGUGCGGUCCAGUGGUUAAAGAAACAGGCUUCUAACCAGGUACCCGGUUCAAAUCCCAGCUCAGCCACUGACUCG